AUGCCGAACCUGAACCUCAAUGAUACCUUUGAAAAUGUGACCAAGUCAAUCCGUGAUGGCGGGGAUGGACUACGAACUAUAUUAUGCCAUCGUUACAACUAUGAGCUGUUUGUUCAUGGUAGUAUUCCUCGCCUAGGAAUUCCCGGAACCCGCUUCACAGACGGGUCUCGGGGCGUUGUCAUGGGCUCGUCAACUGCAUUCCCUGUCGCCAUGGCCCAUGGAGCUACCCGGGAUAUAGACCUCGAACGACGAAUUGGUGAUGCUAUUGGACGAGAAGCCAAAGCACAGGGUGCCAACUACUUCGCCGGCGUUUGUGUCAAUCUACCCCGACACCCAGCUUGGGGUCGCAUACAGGAGACUUAUGGCGAAAACCCCCUAAUGCUGGGGGAAUCCGGCUUGGCUCUCACGAAAGGAGUUGAUGAGGAUGUGCUGCAUGAAGUUUACCUGCCUCACUUUCGGCGCAUCGUGGAGGGAGGUGUCGCCUCCGUCAUGUCAGCUUAUAACUUGGUCAAUGGUAAAUGGGCUGACCAGAAUGGUAACCUACUGACCGACAUUCUGCGCGGGAAAUGGGGCUAUGAGGGCUUCGUCCUAUCCGACUUCAUCUUUGGCCUACGUGAUCCUGUCACCUCACCCCGAAAUGGGCUUGACAUUGAGGCCCCAUUUAUCCAACAGCGAGCCUUGGAAUUUGGCCAGGCAUUGGAAACUGGUCAGCUGGACUUGGCCGAUGUGGAUCGUUCAUGUGUCAGGAGUUUGAGCAAAGAGCUGGAAUUCGCUGCUCGCAAUGAACACAGUCAGCCUGACACAUCGGUGGUGUUCUCAGUUCUGUGA